CCGAAGGCACAGAAAUCGAGUUGGCAGUUCUGGAUAUCAAAAAGGAUGUGCUGUUUGUCGAGUACAGAUCGUUUCUGCGGUUGCUACAUCUUCGUGUGUUCGAAUUGCUGGAAUUAAACGGUCAAGAUACUAAGAGUUGUUGCGUACACAAAGGAAGCGAUUAUUAUUUUGCUGUGUCAAUUAAAACUGAUAAGGUUACUUAUCUGACACGACUGCUUGGCUAUCAAGAACCAGAAGAGGCACCAGAUGUGUUGAUUGUUUUUGACUUCACAACUUAUCGCUCAAAACUGGAGUCUUUCCUUCAAAUAGCUGAGCGGGAGAUUACUGUCAGCAGAGGAGAUUCUUUGGCAUUACAACCUUUGUCUGAUUCAGCGGACUUUGAAACAUUGUUUGCUUAUCUUGCUUACCAUCUGUACCUUCGAGUACAACUCGUAACGUCUUGUACUUUGAAGCAUAUGCUUGGUCUUAUUGAGAAUGAGGUACAGUUGAGUAUAGCAGCUAUUGAUAAGACUGCAGCUCAACUUGGUUUGUGUGAAAAGGAAAAUACAUUUCAAGUAUUGUGGGAUGUUGCUAAAUCAAAAGUGUGUGAAUAUAUUGUUUCACGAGGCGAACAACAUGAUUGGCAUGAGGUUGACUCUGAACUUGACACUGUAGCUGAUAUAUUAAGAACAGCCUUGCAUCAACAAGUGUCUUCUAUGCUUCAUCCACUAUUUACACAUCUCCAGAACAUGCAAGGUAUUAUUUCUAGAAUUUCUGAAGGUGGCACACUGACUACAGAUGAUGCAGUCACUUAUCUGAGAAACUCAGUUGAUAUCCCGAACAGCAUUUUUACUGAGGAGUAUAUCAGCUCUCUGGAAACAAUGCGGGCCUUGAUGGAAGGAGCAUUAACAAGAAACCUAUCACCAAAAGAAAUAGAUAAAGUAUACACAACCACAGUCUGGCAGUCAGAAAAUUUCUUCAGUCAUUUCAGGAAAUCGACUCACUCUAACUUAAGAGAUCAAAGCCAACAGUCAUUAUCUCUAGAUUCCACAGUUAUACAAACAAGCCAGGUGAAUCAGACAAUUACAGAUGAAAACAUCAAGUGUUCACUGCGUGAAAUUCUGGAUGUGCUGAAGUCUUCAGUUGGAUUCUUUAUAUAUCGCAACUUUGUUCGAGUUGUUCACUUUGGAGUCCAGGAACUUGUUACGCAUGAAGGUGGAUCUGCCAUGUUCAUCAACAAGAAUGAACCCAACUUUGCUACAGUUACAACUGUAACGGAUGUUGGCAUGACUUUGAUGUAUCUACUUGGAUAUAUUGAUGUUGAAUUGCUUUCAGAUUCAUUGGUGAUGACCAACUAUCGUGAAAGCGAGCCAAGCCUGAGAGCUUUUCUUGAGGUUGGACGAGAUGUAUUGAUGUUGACUCAUGGAGAUCCCGCUGCAGCAACGACAGUUGCAUCUAUAGAGGAUAUUCCAUUGCAAGUCGCUCAUUUUGCAUAUCAUUUUGAGCUUCGAUGCCACUUGCUACCAUUCCAUACAGUUCGUCACAUUUUGCCAGCCAUUGAACACGAGUUAAAAACUUCCAUGUUGACUGUCGAGGAACUGGCUGACAAACUCGGAUUGAUGCCGAGCGGAGAAGAGACUCGUCGGUUAUGGAACACAGCAAAACAGAAUCUACUCAAAUAUAUUGCAUGUCCAGAUGCUUAUGAAAGAAGGUCACUUCAUGAUGAGAUUUGUGAUGUUGGAAGGCACUUGACAGUUGAGCUCAAUGCGUUUCUUCCUCGUUCAUUAUCAGGUUUGAUUCCAUAUUUGAAUGUGGUGCAAGCAGUUACAGGCAUAACAGCCACAGGAGAGAUGCCGAGUUUGUCUGGAAUUGAGUCGUAUAUUUCUGCUGUGCGGAUUCACUUUCAUCCUACUUUUACACGUGAUUUUAUUCAAGCUAGUGAUGAUGUCUGUAGCAUCAUGAGGACUGCACAAACAAGAGCAUGCACUGAGGACGAAAUUGCUCGAGUUUUUUCUUUGUCUUCAUGGCUGUCUGACAAUUUUCUUAGUGCGUUUAUUCCAGAGGCACAUAACAUCACUAACUACGUUGCUGCUUCAGUCGAAAGUCAAUCAGCCAUUCAACUAGAAUCUUUUCUUCAUGAAACUUUUCAAGAAACACAUGAACUUGUGGAGCCAGUUAAUUCAGAUAACGAAUUAGAUGGUGAGGAAAACCAAAAUGCAAGUGAGAAGUUUGCAUUAGAAGAAAGUGAAAAGAAGUAUUCUGCAAUUUCUGAUGAAUCCAAAAGCCCUGUGAUUCACGAGUCGAGAGAGAAAGUAUCAGGAGAGGAAGUAUCAGGAGAAAUGCUUGAUUACGAGUUUCCAUUUCUUGCCAACUUGGACACUUUUCGUAUCGACAAAAUGCAACGUUUCCUGCCAACAGUGAGAAAGAAAGGAAAGUUAGGUUUGUUACGAGAACAUCUAGCUCAACUGGCAGGUUGUACAUCAGGUGACUUGCAAGUGUUGAGACAAAGUAUCGAAGAACUUCAUGCAGCUCAGUGCAGUGAUAUUCCAGUUAUUUUUCUUGCUCUAGAACAAGCUCGAGUAGAGAAGCAGCAGGAAGUGGAAAAAGCUGAGAGGAUAUUGUUGUGUCUCAAAGCUGCAAUGAGAAUGACAAACGUGUGUCGAUGUCUGCACGAAAUUGAGACAAACGACGUCAUGCAGUUUUUGAGAAUGACUUUGGAUUGUUCUAAAGGGUCACGUGAUUUACUCAGAAGUCUACGUUGUGUGGUUGAACUCUAGCAGAAAAAUGAAUGAUGACAUGCACUACACGUGUACCCCUACCCAUAUGUCAUCCGUGUCUAGAAACGGUUUAGUAAUUUGUAAAGUCAUGGUUACUCAG